AUGACUUCGUUCUUCCAGCCCGGGUCGAAUGAUCCAACGAUCAUCGAGUGCGGGCAUUCAAGAUUCCAGGUCUACUGCAAUUCCGUGCUACCAGUAGAGAAACUCCUUCAGACCUGGUAUCAAGAGGCCAACUUGGCGGUUGGCGUAGCUGCUGUUGGCGUGCCCAUCCUCUUAUGGAUUCUUCACUCACUGAGGCAAACAUGGGGCGCAAGGAUCACCACAGGAUGGAGGUUACCGAGGAGGAGAGAGCCGAUAUCCAGAGGUCACGACAAAAGUGCGAAUGCCGCUCCGAUAUCCUUUGAAUCUACCAAGUCGUUUCGCAUCUAUUCCGCAACCGAGAGUCAGUCAGAGCUCGGCGAUGCCAGACAGUAUGAUUUGAGCAUCUUUCCGCUCACGGCCACCGGGAGAAGCUCAUCUCAGUCCCAGUACCAGGGGGGCUUCAUGUCCGAUUCCAACCUAAUCGGGUCACUGAGUAGGACGCGUGGUAACAGCACACGGGCCUCGAGUAUAACGGCGGCAACGAUACCCAACAAGAUGAGUAUGGCUUCUGUCGAUCUGGGAACCCUCGGUUCCGCCGCGUUGGAAGAGAAUGCACUUGACCAUACGGCCAACUUUUUAGCCGAUUCUUGCUUGGAGAACAGCUUGGCCGGCCUGGCGGUCCGUUCUUCCACGACGAUAGAGCCUCGGCAGGUUGAGCGGCUCUUGGAAUUGCUCUGUCGCAAGGAUGUGUCUGUCCUGCUGAUCUGUCACCAUGACUCGGACGAGUUGGAUGCGAUCAGAUUCGAGCACGCUUCGGGUCUCGUCAUUGAGAACGCAACGAUGCUACGGAACGGCGAGCGUAGAGAUUAUUUCGGGGCCAAGCGACUUCGAGACCUCAUGGGGCGAUGCGGCCAAGAGCGCGAACGACGACCUGACUUCUUCGUAGGCUUCCUUGAACUCUGGCACAAGCGUCCCCAUCCGUCCAUCAUUCGACGGGCCGUCAAGCUAGCCGAUCACUUCGGAGCCGUCGUCGAACAUGGACCGGUGAAUCCCAAGCUGAGGAUUGAGACUUGCUCAGAUGAUGCAACCCGGACCUUGAGCGGGUUCGAGUAUCUGCGACGAGGGGAUCUAACGGAGUUGCAAAAGUGCUGGACAUCAGAUGUGAGAAAGGUCUGGGUGCCGAACAGCGAGCCGGUACCAGAAAACGUCCGGUCCCUGCCUCUCCAGGACCUCGACUUGGCCAUACCGUAUGCCUCUCAUUUUCUCAACCAGCAGUCGUUGCCUCUAGAGCUUGGCGUGGUGCGAGAUGAGCAUCCGGCGCUCACGGCGGCUCCCGAGUACGCCUCGAUUGCGCCGAGGCGACGAGACUUCUGGGAGAUUGCUGCCAACGGCGUCGCCUUCUCGCAUCUUGGCUGCUUUUCCCUUGUGGCAGAACCAUCUGCCGAGGACUAUGUUGCAGUCGUGGCGACUCAGAGUCAUCUUAAGGAGCUCCAGAUGCUACGCGCUUGUACGGCCCCGGAAACGCACCGAAUGCUGGAGGAGCUUCGACCCCUGACAUCCGAACGAAACGAAUGCGGUCAUCUUAUCCAAGACCUGGUUCGGGGCCUCGAGUCACAGCAAGUUGUCGUAUAUAAGGGGCUUGAUACCGGCUUUCGUGUUCCCGAUGGCGAUGGCUACUUCUGGGGCGUGGCAAAGGCUCGGGAGGGCGAUCCUUCGGCACUCUCCGUCGACAUCUUCAUCUCGCAGGCGGCACCCCACGACGCGGCAACUGUUUUGCAUACCUGGCUAGCCCAUCGCGGCAUCCGUCGUUCUGUUCGCUUUGAUGCCGAGACAAAGCUCGAAAAGGCAAACGGGCAAAACGACGAGAGCGGCCUACCCCUGAGCGUCCGGGUCGCGCUUGAGAGGGCAACGGAUGCCGAGAGGCUCCAGAUGCUUCAGCAGAUGCGCGUUUCCCAGCUUCAUCACCGACUUCGGGGGCCAAUAACCAUGUUCUGCCGAUCCAUGCUCAUAGACCAGACCUCCAAACAGAACUGGAACCAGUGUCACGCACGGGGUAUCCUGGAUGGUUCCAUGUCCGCCGAGACCAUGUUCCGCACCAGGCUCGCAUUCUUUGCCCGCUGCGGUGCAACGGAGCUCCCGUGUGUUGAAAAUCUCGUUACACUCUACGAACUUGUUGAAAGGACCAUCCAUGAUGCCCUUUUCUACGGCGAUAGGGAGCCCAUAAACGCCUUCACAAAUGCCCUCGUCAAGGCCUUCCGUCCAGGCGCUUCCUCCGACAGUGGUGGGUUCGUUGAUGUCAAUGCCGAUCUCUUUGCCCUUACGUUCUUCAGUAUUUUGCGAAAAGUAUCGUUCGAAGAAGUGUAUAUCGAGUCGACGGACCGGUGCCCCAUCUUCCUGGCCUGCCCGGACCAAGCCGCCGUCUUUUCCGAGCUUUGGGUUCUCGGCUCCCAAUGCGAGAUCUUUCUCGGCCUGUUACCCUCGGACUUGGGCGAGAUCAUAUACAAUCGAUACAAGGAUUUCUUGGAGGAGCGACCGCCCUUGGCCAGCGACCGCGAGAACAAUGAGAUCAUGACGAUGUACUCGAGUGGCGAGGGUCCGCCCCCCUCGAACAACGACGCAGGCAAGGAAAAGGAAACACCGCAAGUCCAAACAACGCAUGAGAUCUUAGUCAAGUGGAGGAAGCGAUUCACCGAGUUUGGCGCCAUGUCCAUCUUUUGCUUACCCGCUAUCAUCGACGUCCUGCUACUUACAUUUGUCGGUCGAGGCAUGUUCAUGACAGCCUACAUGGACCCCUCGCAUCUGCAAGCUGCUGGAUACGCUCUCCUCAUUGCUCUUCUCAUGACGGCUGGCAUUACUGGUUGGGUCGGCAGCACAGGCGCGUACUAUCUUGCCCAUUAUGCUUACGACAAUAUGACGACCUUUCACGUACAGCGUCUUUCAGGAGGUUUCGUCCUGACGAUCGUCGUUGCUAUAGGCGGUUUUGUCACCUUUACGGUACAAACAUCGGCGGCUGUUGGCUUCGUAUUCGUUGCAUUCCUCAUCGUCAUCACCACCUACUUGAAUUUGCUUGGCGUCAUGGCCACCAUGCAUCAGCACGGGAGCCCCAUGACUUCUGGUCGCACAGUACUAUGGAGAACCAUACCCGUGUUGCUCCUGUCGCCCAUUAUCUCGACGUUUGUCAACAGUCAUGACCUCGAAAUCUAUCUCCCUAUCACAUACUCGACGAUUCUGCUCCUACUAUAUCAGUACCGUCGUCUUUGUCACGAGUGGGCGGGCUGGAUGAAAAUGAUACCAGAGGUGUCCGAGAAAGAAAUCAACAUGUGGUACACUUCUAGUCGAGAGCUGGAAGAGAAUGAUGGAGAUGCGGAAAAGACAGAUGGUGAUUCCAAGGUUGCUCAGGCUGCUCUCCGCAUGGCCGUUUCUUCCUAUUCUCAGCGUAGCCGAGAUGCCGUGUCGUCAGGCCUCCUCAAGGACGAGUUUGUCAGUCGCAUCGCCGAUGGCAUGCCCUACAUCGAUUGGCUCUUUAAGAAGACAAACCCCGAUGGCAACAUGCCCGAAGUUUUCAGCAGCGCCUGGUUCACACAGCUAGGCGAAGCUAAGAAGCAACAGCAGCAAUUGUCUCGAGGCCUCAAGGAGCACAACAUCAUGUUGCUUUUCCGUAACGCUCGAUAUGACAUGGGGCAAAACCUUGGCCUUUUCCUCGUCGCCCUCAUGGAUCGCUGGGUCAGCAUCGCGAUGAGCGCGAGGGAGCCACACCGCAGCAUAUACACCGAUUCUCGCGCUCGUUAUGGCAUUUGCUUCUGCAUCCUAUACUUUUGCUUCGCCGUCAUGAUGCUUGAUGUCAUCCUUCAAGACUACUGGACUCUCCGCUUCGUUCUUUCCAAGGAGAAGCUCAUAGACUAUCGGCACGCGCGAGCGGUGGCGAGAGACUGGGAAAGCAUGCGACGGAGGACGCUUGUCUCGGCCCUGGCCAGGCUUCUCGGGCACAUCACCUUCAUUUUUGGCAUCACCACCAUCUUGCUAUGGGCUUUUGUGGAGAGUGCGGAAACAACGAUUCUGUACUACUUGUACAUACUCGGAUACACGAGCGUCAUCGUCUUUCAGUUCAACCGCUGCUUCACCACCAACAUCCCCGUUCACGUCACCAUCAUCUUCGCUUCGGCUGUCGUUGGCUUCCUUGCCGGAUGCGCGCUGCACGCAAUUCCCGCCACUGCCGGCUGGCUCUACUCGGACGUUGUAGCCCAAAACAUUGCUGCCGUUUCUGCUGCAUUGGGAACGCUCAUGUGGUCCUGGAAGGAUUGGACCGCACCUGGAGCCGAGUCUGCUCCCCUUUUCGCCGUCGCACCGAAACGCGAUAUUUGGCUCCAGCGAAAUCUCCGAGCAGCAUCCGAUGUUGAAUCCAAGGUCAUGGUGGGAAAGGCCCAGAAAGUUGUCGGCCCCGUGACGAAGUUCGAGGACCAGUCCGUGAUGAGCCAAAAGAUAACCCAGCUUCUGCAUCGUAGCCUCAAGACGCAGAAUAGAAUGGUGAAAACAACCCCCUGGUCCAUCGGCAUCAUCCGGACGGCCAUCCGGAGAUGGGAACAAGGACGGAUCAAGAUCACCGUGGUCAGCCAGGAGAAGUUUACCAAGGCUGGCUUGCGAGAUAUCUGCUCGUUUAGCCAGGUCGAUGGGGAAGUUGUCAAGGUUGUCGCCGGAUUUCUUCGAGAGGCAGAACUGCGUCUGCCGUCAUGGAAGUCCCAGCUGGCCACCAUGUUGGCCGAAUCAUUGCUAUACCACGUUGCCCGAGUCGACGGCAUGUUGUCGCAUUCCCAGGCUGUCCAAGCGGAGCACUUCAUCCACCGAAGCGCAAUUAUGUCGAAACGCAUAGAGCUGGAGCUUGCGACGGCUGAUUUUAGCAACCUAUCACGAUUCGUUCGUAAAAGCAACGCCGAAAUCAUGCGGCAUUUGUGUCUUGACGUCGAUGUCGAUUCCGGCUGGGAGACGCUCCCUCUCGGCGCGAGGGAGGCCAUCUUUGCACGGAUCACAGGUCACAACGUUGCCUUAUCUGAGGAUCUUUGCAGAUGGCUUUCAGACCGAGAGCUUGACAUGCAGACGCUCGACUUCCACCUGCAGCUGACGCUCGCCAUCUAUUGCAAGUCGGAUGAGCGAUACAAGACGGCUGUCUACCUGUCUCGAAAUAGCAACCCGACCGCCCUGGCCACUGUGCCGGAACUGAGACCCGUCCGGCUUACCACUGGUCGUCUGGGCUUUUCCCGCCUGUUCCUCCGUUGCGUGGAGACAGUUCCGCUCGCCUUUGUCAAAUGGGUGGCCGUCAUAUCGGGUGGCGGUGCGGAUAUCGAACGGGAGCUCUCGUAUUCCUUGCGAAACUUUUACUUCCGUCGCUUGAUUCUCUACUUCACUCUCAGUGUGUGGAAAGCUUGCUGGCUGAUGAAGAAUUUCUGGGUUUCCUUGCUGCUCGUCUAUCACCGCCCAGCCCUCGUCAACAUCACUCGGCUCGCUCGAAAAGGGGCUCGCCGGGUGAUUAAAAAGAACUGCAUCACCGCCGAGCUCCGCGACAAAACCAUCACUGGAUUUGCCAUUGAGGGCGGUGAUGAAGACGGAGGUAUGGUUCUAGAAGCCUUUGAAGGAGCCCUCCUGCAGCAGCCGUCGCAGGAGAAGAAGCCCAUCUUCAAGGCAACGUACGAUAUGAACCUGAGGCUCACGUCCAGACUCGACAGCGACGGAAACACUUCGACUUAUCAAUACACCCCGGGUUCCAGGAGCAGAUGGCCUGUUUCUAAAGAGAUAGUAGACUCCACCUGCCGAACGAUAAGCUUUUACGACAAGUAUGGACGCACCCUACACGGCGUAACCUCGCCCGGGUCGGCCGCCUACGCCUUUCACUACCAUUACAAGACGGCGCCGAAGGGAAGCCCGGAUCUUCUCCGUGCUGACUUCAAGCCUCUGAGCGCAGCAUCAAGCGACAGGCUUUCAGUCUUCUGGGGCAUGCCGUCAGGGGGGGACGGGUCCAAGGCUGAGGCCUAUGAUUGGUCUCCGUCCGAAAAGAUUCGCCGCAUAGUCCGCGUGGUCGAUGGCAAGAAGUUUGUGACAGAGAUUGAAUAUCACCACCGUCGAGACCCUGUAGUCACGACGAUACUUGAAGGAGCAGAUGACGGCCAGAAGACUGCAAUUUCGCAUCCGCCCCGCGUCUUCCCCGAGGAGGAGACUCUCCUUAAACGACCGGGAAAUCUCAUGUUCGAACUUGACGAUAUCCUCAUCCACCAUGGACUCCUUCAAGUCAAACGCAUGAGGCACGCCGCCAAGAGUAGACGAUCCGUCAUUCCCCACUGGACAGCUCUACCCAUGUGGGGGAGCCGAGUAUACAGGCCCGUUCCGACCUGGCACAUUCGGACAGCCCUCUGGCGAGGUUGGCUCGGCUGCGAACUCGACGCCGUAUCGGCUUGCUGGCUCGAUGAGCUCAUCUUACGAGAAGAGCCUCUGCUUCGCACCUACUGGCGCGCUCGUGACAUUGGAGAUGUCGAAGCUGCCCGGCAGGCCCUCAACGGCGGUAUCGACCAGAUCGUCUCAGCCAUCGAUCUCGAGACCGAAGUCUCCGAGCUCUGUCUCCUCCCUAUUCGAACAGCCGAUCUCUACGCCAUGGGUCUCGGAAAGGAUGCUACCCAGGUAACGAAUCGUCCACAAGACUGUUACCGCGACACCGGGGAUCGCAUAUCCGUCAUCGUCAACGACAUCGGUUGUUGGCCUGAAGCCCCUGGCGGAGUCUCAAAUUGCCGGAGGGAUCUUGUCAACGGGCACAGCACAAUUAGGAACCACGUUCUCGCAGAGUGUGCUAAUGAGUAUGGCAUCCCACGCUUUCAAGUUGAGAGAAAUGUCCAAUCCCUCAAGCUGCUCCCCCUUUGGGGUCUCGACGGCAAAGAUGCCCAUCACGGCCUCAUCGACAACAUCCUUCAGUCGCAGGUGGACGAGAAGAUGCACGACACGGAGACCCAGCGAGACAUUGCGGGCGUCUUCGUCCCCUUGCUGAAAGACUAUGUCAAGGGUGCCCGCACAAAGCGCUACUCGCGCGCCGACCUCGUAAAGUACACCAAUGUGAUGCUUUCCAUCGCCAAAUACUACGAGCACAAAGACUACAACCGAACUUGGAACUCCAAGGAGGUCGAGGACGCCUGGGCCGAGGCUUGGCUGAUGCCAUACAACGACGCCAACAUCAACGACCCUGGAGACUACUUUGACAUCCAGAGGCCCAGCUUCUACGACUUUCGCGAGGCCAUGGGCAUCUACAUGGCAUAUUUCUUCAUCUUUUCCGUCCAGGUGCCGGAUGAGUGCCCCAGGGUCUUUCAGAGCACGCACCACGGCAUCAGCAGCUUGUUUGGCAUGAUCCUCAAGUAUCGCCGCGGCGUUACCUUUGGCAUCUGGGACCACGCCAUCCUGUGGCGCGAGUCAUGUCUCAACAUUAGUCCUGCGCAGUGCGAGCUACCCAUUUCCGUACAGAUGAUGCUGCUGUCCGGCAUCCGUAUGGCCACACGCCUGGCAUACUUCCAUGCCGACGUCGUCACGCCGUGCACCUCCUUAUUCAACCCAAUGUGGGAGACGGAGCUCGGUAGCGACAGGGGCCAGCUUUGCAACCGAAAUCACUUCCGUCGCAAGAUCGAACCAAUCGUCAACGGCAUCAGCAACAUGGACUCGUUCACGCCAGUCGACAGGGUUCGCACGGACAAACCAACCGUUGUCAUGCUGUCCAACAUCCAGUUCAUCAAGGGCAUCAAGACCGCCAUCCUGGCUGCCGACGUCAUCGUCAACAGGUACGGUUUCCGGGACUACAAGCUCAUGGUGUACGGCGCCAAGGACCGUCAGCCGUCAUACGCUCUUGAGAUGGACAAACUCAUCGUCAAGUGUGGCCUGUCCGAUAACGUGAUUCUAGCCGGCUUCGGCAAGCCAAAGGAGGUGCUCAAGGACGCAUGGCUCUUCAUGAACUCGUCCGUCUCCGAGGGCCUUCCACUUGCCAUCGGAGAGGCCGCCCUUGCUGGUGUUCCCAUCGUCGCUACGGAGGUCGGCGCGACCGCAUUGGUCAUGACGGACCCUGAAGAUCAGGAACAGCGAUACGGCGAGGUCGUAGCGCCUAAUGAUCCCGUAGCACUUGCGAGAGCCCAGCUCAAUAUCCUCUGCAUGGUCGGCCCGUGGACAAAGUUCACAACCGAAAGCAAGAGCGCGACGCCUCUGUCACUGCCAGACGACAUCACACCCGACGACGUUGAGUGGCUCUCUCGCCGCAUGCACGAGAGGAGCAAGGACAGACGUAAACUCGGGCUUCGCUCGCGAGAAGUGGUCCUCCACAGCUUCCACGGAAAUCGUUACCUGAGGGAGCACGAGCAGAUGUACUGGAUCCAGUGGCACAUGUCAAAGAUGCGAGCCGACAUUGCCCUCAUGACAUCGUCCAAUAAUGACUUCAAAUUUUCUUCACCGCCACCCCUGAGAUACACUGAGGAGGCGCCAAACGAAGAGGACAUUGACGACGUGAGCGAAGCUGCCGAGGCAGCACGAUACGCCGAGGAGGAAACCCUCCUAAGGUCGGCCGUCUUGCUACCAGGGGCUCAGCACGACCUCGAAUCGCAACUCGGCGAAAAGGAGGGCCGCUUCUCCCGCUUGUCCAAAAUGCUGCGGGAGCCAAAGCGCAUCGAUAUCGACAUUGAUUCUGCGUCAUUCAUAGAGUCCGGAAGGUCUAGCCGAUUCAGCAACUGGCAGGGUUAA